AAACUAUUUGGCCCACCCCCAAACCCCCCACUCCCAACUUUCAACCCCCUUUCGCCAUGACUUUUGUGUUUGCCUGCAAAAUGCCAAUGGACACAGUGCGCCCUCGGAAGGGUGGCCCAAUUGGUCGGAGUUCAAGGAAACGCUUAAAAACUUAUAGGAAAUAUAUGCGCAAUCCGAAGAAGUGCCUUUAAGUAUAAGAAGGGUAUUUAUGUCUCGUUCAAAACCUGGCUCACCAAACGAGCCACCCUGCUUGGAUAUAUGCAUGUAUGUGUUUUGGGUGGACCGUUGUCAUAUCAGUGAGCCAAAAGUAACCGCACGGCGCUCAAAAGUAUGCAAUGGCACUGGCGCCCUCCUGCAGCGCAGGACUUCAGCAGAAUGAGGAGAAGGAGCAGAAGGAGGAGGACCAGCUCCCGGAGCAUCCGGGCAGUUCGCAGGUCCCAAGCUCCAAGUCCUGGCCACCGGAUCCGAGUCCCAGUUCCAUGUGCAUUGGCAUUGGCGGCGCCCGUCAGCGUUUUCAUUUCAAAUUCAAAUGCUGUUUGCAUAAAAAACGAGCCAAGACAUCGAAAGGCAUCACGUGCCCGGCAACCAGGAGGCGCCUCCUCCUCGUCCUCCUCGUUCCAUCCCAGCGGAAUGUGGGGCCAAAAAACUGCUGGAAUUCAGUAGUGACAAUAGCAACAAACGGAUGCCGGCAGCAAUAUAUGAACGAGCAGUGGGUGCACAGCAAGAAAUUAUACUAUCAAACUAUGCCACUUAAUACUAGAUGGUUUUCUAUUUAAUAAAUAUGCCACUCAUUCGUUUUUUAUAGCAAAAA